UAGUCAGUGUUGAGCAUAGGUGUGGUGUGAGGUGUGGCAUAUCUUGAACGUGAUUGGCUGUUAUGGAAAUCGGUCAUGUACUUCCUGUUUCCUGACUUCCUGUUUCCAAAUGAAAUACGUCAACACACGGAAUUAAGUCAAAGUCUCGAGCCGUUUCGUGGGCACGAUAAAAUCGAAUGCACCUUACAUUGGGAUUAAUAACCGCUUUAAUGCUACUUGCCUCUAUGACCAAAGCUUUACAGUAACAGUUAGAAGAAUGUUUAUUUAAUCGCAGUGACUGUCAGUUCCUGCAAUUUGACUGGAAAAUGUUGACCUCAGCAACUGCCAGGCCUAUACAGGAGUUGGAGAAACAGUAUUCACCCAGCCAGUGGUCCCACAGGAUGUCCGCUGAUGACGUGAUAAAAGCGCACGUGGCGGCGCUGAGAUCAGGUACAGAGAAGGCUCGAGCUGUUACUCAGAACAUUCUGGAUGUUCCUUAUGGAGAGGGAGAGGAAGAGAAACUGGAUGUGUAUAUGCCUAUCAGUUCCUCCCCAGAUGUGCCUCUAGUUAUCUACCUCCAUGGUGGUUACUGGCAGUUCCUGAGCAAGGAGGAGUCAGGUUUCAUGGCUGUACCAUUGGCCCACAAGGGUGUUGUGGUGGUUGCUGUUGACUACAGCACUGCCCCGAAAGGUAAUAUGGAUCUGAUGGUAUCUCAGGUACGCAGGAGUUUGGUGGCUGUCAUUCAGCAGUAUUCACAUAUCAGUGGGCUGUACCUGUGUGGUCAUUCUGCAGGUGCACACCUGGCGGCCAUGGUUCUCUCUACUGAUUGGUCAGAGUACAGUGUAUCACCUCAAAUCAAAGGAGCAUUCCUUGUUAGUGGCAUUUACGACCUGCUGCCCAUUCUGUCCACCUAUGUGAACGAGCCACUAAAGAUGACAGAAGAGGUGGCUCUUAGGAACAGCCCCAGUCAGUUAGUGUCUCAGCUAAAAACGUCCUCAUCUGGCUGCGACAUUGUUGUCGCCGUGGCGCAAAACGACUCCCCUGAGUUCCGGAAGCAGUCGGAAGAUUACUUCAAGUCUUUGCAAGAUGCCGGACUUAAGGUUACUUUUGAAGACAUACCUGACACAGAUCAUUUCAACAUCAUCGAGCAGCUUGUAGAUGAAAAUUACUACCUCACACAGCUCCUACUGAAGAUGAUGGGCAAAAGCUGAGGAGAUGCAAUUGGUCCAAAAUCAUGAACGAUGAUGGUCUUGUCUCAUUCUGUGCUAUAUAAGCAGUAAACUUCUUAUUAACUAUGCCUGACUUGUCAGUUUAACUAUAGAUCAAUCGAAUCUUAUUUCUUGGUUACUUUAUUAGGGAGUAACAGGGUAUUUACACACCAGCCUAUUCUGUCUUGCUGCUUGUGUGUGCUAGUUCUGCGUACAAUCUUCAGUAUGUUAUGGCUGUGAUUAGUAUCACUGUGAAUUCAUGCACUUGAACAAUGUUUCAGGUGUUCCUUAACCAAACCUUUAUCUGAUGAUUACCAUCCUAUACUGUGUUGCAAAUUAAUGUAGCAAAUUCUUCUACUGUACAUGAGGAAAUGAACCAUAUCUAGGUUGGAACUGUAAGACAUCUUCGAAACUUCAGUUUUAGCACGAUUUAGCAUAUCAGACUGUACCGAAGAGGUAACAAGGCGUAGUGUGUUUGGUCUAGCUGCUCAGAUGUCAUGAAAGUGUUGUUAAUGUGCAAAUUGGUCUUAUAUGUACAAGUAAUUACUGCAAUUAAAAAAAACCAUUCAAACAGGUCA